AUGCUACUGCUUGACUGUAGUUUUACUCUGCACAUCUUCUCGUACAUCCUCAUCAUUGUUGGCUGUAUUGUCACCUCUCCGAUCCUUUGGUUACGGUAUUGGGAUCUCAAGUGAGUCGUUUUUUUCAAGUCAAGCCAUAAUUUUCAGAGUGACUAUUAUUAUAUUUUGCUCCGAACAUGUACAUAUGUGAAAGAACAUUUUAUGUAUUCAUCAUUAAAUUUUAUUUUUCUUUCCGAUUAUAAGCAGAUUUCAGGAGCCAAACCUUUCAUCUGGUUCACCCUGACCUUGAAGGCGUGUCCAUCAGGGAUUCCUUUUUGAUGCGCUGUUUUGGAAACUGGAGUGAAUGGAGUGUUGUUUGGAAGGGAGGGACGGUAAGACCGCGAAGUGUAAUUUAACACGAAAGAUAAAUAUUAUAUUUACAUAAUGCAGUUUAGGUAAAAAAUGAUGUAGUUUUUUGUAUUUUUUUCUAAUCUAACAGGGGAAGUACUCCAAGUGCGACGCUCAUAUUUUCUUUAAAUUUUGCACACCCGUCGAGUAUGGACUCAAUAUCAAUUCCUGAAAGUUUUAGCUCGCGCUUUGCCGGCGCCACCGAGAUAUCGAACGAUUUUUGCCGCCGAGAGAGCACGCUAAACGUGGAGAGCGGUCAGAGAGAAAAGCGCUUUUUGGCCAUAACAUUGGCAGUUUCGUGCGGAAAAAUUUGAUUUUUUGCAGAAACAUUAUUCUUUACGGUAGAAAUAGGCAUCAAAUUUUUCGUGCCGAAAUUCGGCAAAAAGUCCCAAAUUUUCGCCGACUUUCGAACUAAAAAUCCCGGUUGUUUUUGCAAAGCGCGAGCUAGGAUUCUCGCAUACAUCUUAGAAAAAAUUUUUCUAAAUUUGUGCCAAUUUUCAUCAAAAUCUGAGCGUCGCACAUGGGGUACUUCACUUGUAAAUUAUUCUUCUAGGAAGUUUGGCAAAGACAGCGGAAUACCUCAGAAUGUACACUAACUUUCGACGAAGCCAGUAGAGAAUGCCCGGUCGGGAAUGAUUUUGAAGACGCGGUAGAUGUUGUCGAAGUCAAUCUGCUGGUCUCCGAGAAUUAUGUAAAUUGAAUUCCAAGGAAAAAGUCCAAUUUUGCACCGUGCAUUUCAACCUUUCGGUUUUUGCGUUUGUUAAACACUAUAUGUUGAUAUUUCUCCCUUUUAGCAUUUUUUUCAGACCACCGAACUUGAGCAACAUUUGUCUAGGCGACAAAACGGUUUCUGGAUUCGUUACAGCGCUCUUGAAACGACUCCCGUCCCAACAACGACUGUGAAGCCGGCCAAUAAAACGGAUCCCCCACCCACAUUACAUACUACACCAGCUGUGACAACACGAAGACCCUUGACAACUCAAGCACCUUCGAGUCGACCUAUACCAACAACAGAAACAAGACGAACCCCAGCUGAAGUUGACUUAAAUUUGACAAAUUUGUCAUUCGUUGACUUCAUAGAACAAUAA